AUGGUUGAUUUGGAGAGCGAAGUGCCCCCUCUGCCUCCCAGGUACAGAUUUCGGGAUUUGCUGCUAGGGGACCAAGGCUGGCAAAAUGAUGACAGGGUUCAAGUUGAAUUCUACAUGAAUGAAAACACAUUUAAAGAGAGAUUAAAACUGUUUUUCAUAAAAAACCAACGAUCGAGUCUAAGAAUCCGCUUGUUCAACUUUUCCCUCAAAUUGCUAAGCUGCUUAUUAUACAUUAUCCGUGUGCUGCUUGAGAAACCUUCACAGGGAAAUGAAUGGUCUCACAUAUUUUGGGUUAACAGAAGUCUACCUUUAUGGGGCUUACAGGUCUCUGUGGCAUUGAUCAGUCUAUUUGAAACAAUACUCCUUGGUUAUCUCAGUUAUAAGGGAAAUAUCUGGGAACAGAUUUUACGAAUCCCAUUCAUCUUGGAAAUAAUCAAUGCGGUCCCCUUCAUUAUCUCAAUAUUCUGGCCUACCUUAAGGAAUCUAUUUGUCCCAGUUUUUCUAAACUGUUGGCUUGCCAAACAUGCCUUGGAAAAUAUGAUUAAUGAUCUUCAUAGAGCCAUUCAGCGAACACAGUCUGCAAUGUUCAAUCAAGUUUUGAUUUUGAUAUCUACACUACUAUGCCUUAUCUUCACUUGCAUUUGUGGAAUUCAGCAUCUGGAACGAAUUGGCAAGAAACUCAAUCUCUUUGAUUCCCUUUAUUUCUGCAUUGUGACAUUUUCUACUGUGGGCUUUGGGGAUGUCACUCCUGAAACAUGGUCCUCCAAGCUUUUCGUCGUCGCUAUGAUCUGCGUUGCUCUUGUGGUACUCCCCAUACAGUUUGAACAAUUGGCCUAUUUGUGGAUGGAGAGACAAAAGUCAGGUGGAAACUAUAGUCGUCACAGAGCUCAGACUGAGAAGCAUGUUGUCCUGUGUGUUAGCUCACUGAAGAUCGACUUACUUAUGGACUUUCUAAAUGAAUUCUAUGCACACCCAAGACUGCAGGACUAUUAUGUGGUGAUUUUGUGUCCUACGGAGAUGGAUGUGCAAGUUCGCAGGGUGCUACAGAUUCCAAUGUGGUCCCAGAGAGUGAUCUACCUUCAAGGCUCAGCCCUUAAAGAUCAGGAUCUCCUGAGAGCAAAGAUGGACAAUGCAGAGGCCUGUUUCAUCCUGAGCAGCCGCUGUGAAGUGGACAGGACAUCAUCUGAUCACCAAACAAUUUUGAGAGCAUGGGCUGUGAAAGAUUUUGCUCCAAAUUGUCCUUUGUAUGUCCAGAUACUAAAACCUGAAAAUAAAUUUCACAUCAAAUUUGCAGAUCAUGUUGUUUGUGAAGAAGAGUUUAAAUACGCCAUGUUAGCUUUAAACUGUAUAUGCCCAGCAACAUCUACACUUAUUACACUACUGGUUCAUACCUCUAGAGGGCAAGAAGGGCAGCAGUCACCAGAACAGUGGCAGAAGAUGUACGGGAGGUGCUCUGGAAAUGAAGUCUAUCACAUCGUUUUGGAAGAAAGUACAUUUUUUGCUGAAUAUGAAGGGAAGAGUUUUACCUAUGCCUCUUUCCAUGCACACAAAAAGUUUGGUGUCUGCUUGAUUGGUGUUAGGAGGGAGGAUAAUAAAAACAUUUUGCUGAAUCCAGGUCCUCGAUAUAUUAUGAAUGCUUCAGACAUAUGUUUUUAUAUUAAUAUUACCAAAGAAGAAAAUUCAGCAUUUAAGAACCAAGACCAGCAGAGAAAAAGCAAUGUGUCAAGGUCAUUUUAUCAUGGGCCUUCCAGAUUACCUGUCCACAGCAUCAUUGCCAGCAUGGGUACUGUGGCUAUAGACUUGCAAGACACAAGUUGUAGGGCAGCAAGUGGCCCUACCCUGGCUCUUCCUUCAGAAGGAAGCAAAGAAUUAAGAAGACCAAGUAUUGCUCCUGUUUUAGAGGUUGCAGAUUCAUCAUCAAUUCAAACAUGUGAUCUUCUAAGUGAUCAAUCAGAAGAUGAAACUACACCAGAUGAAGAAACUUCUUCAAAUUUAGAGUAUGCCAAGGGCUACCCACCUUAUUCACCUUACAUAGGAAGUUCACCUACUUUUUGUCACCUACUUCAAGAAAAAGUGCCCUUCUGCUGCUUAAGAUUAGACAAGAGUUGCCAACAUAACUACUAUGAGGACGCAAAAGCCUAUGGAUUCAAAAAUAAACUAAUUAUAGUUGCAGCUGAAACAGCUGGAAAUGGAUUAUAUAAUUUUAUUGUACCUCUCAGGGCAUAUUAUAGACCAAAGAAAGAAUUAAAUCCCAUAGUUCUGCUAUUGGAUAACCCGCCAGAUAUGCAUUUUCUGGAUGCAAUCUGUUGGUUUCCAAUGGUUUACUACAUGGUGGGCUCUAUUGACAACCUAGAUGACUUGCUCAGGUGUGGCGUGACCUUUGCAGCCAACAUGGUGGUGGUGGACAAAGAAAGCACCAUGAGUGCAGAGGAGGAUUACAUGGCAGAUGCUAAAACGAUUGUGAAUGUGCAAACACUUUUCAGGUUGUUUUCCAGUCUCAGUAUUAUCACUGAGCUUACUCACCCAGCAAAUAUGAGAUUCAUGCAAUUCAGAGCCAAGGACUGUUACUCUCUUGCACUUUCAAAACUGGAAAAGAAAGAGCGAGAACGAGGUUCUAACCUGGCCUUUAUGUUUCGACUGCCUUUCGCUGCAGGCCGAGUGUUCAGCAUCAGCAUGUUGGACACACUUCUGUAUCAGUCAUUUGUGAAAGAUUAUAUGAUUUCUAUCACCAGACUUCUAUUGGGACUGGACACCAUACCAGGAUCGGGGUUUCUUUGUUCUAUGAAAAUCACUGAAGAGGACUUGUGGAUCAGGACAUAUGCCAGACUCUACCAGAAGUUGUGUUCUUCUACUGGAGAUGUUCCUAUUGGGAUCUACAGGACAGAAUCUCAGAAACUAACGACAUCCGAGUCUCAAAUAUCCAUCAGUGUAGAAGAGUGGGAAGACACCAAAGAUGCCAAAGAGCCAGGGCACCACCGCAGCAUUCACCGCAACUCCACCUCCAGCGACCAGUCAGACCACCCCUUGCUGCGGAGAAAGAGCAUGCAGUGGGCCCGAAGGCUGAGCAGAAAAGGCCCAAAGCACUCUGGGAAAACUGCAGAAAAAAUAACCCAGCAGCGACUGAACCUCUACAGGAGGUCUGAAAGACAGGAGCUUGCUGAACUUGUGAAAAAUAGAAUGAAACACCUGGGCCUUUCUACUGUGGGCUACGAUGAAAUGAAUGAUCAUCAAAGCACCCUGUCCUACAUCCUGAUUAAUCCAUCUCCAGACACCAGGCUUGAGCUGAAUGAUGUUGUAUACUUGAUCCGACCAGAUCCACUGUCCUACCUUCCAAACAGUGAACCCAGUAGGAAAAACAGCAUCUGCAAUGCCGCUGUUCAAGAUUCUCGGGAGGAAACUCAACUCUGA